GAGAGUGAGGUGGGGGCGGUCGACCAUGGAUGGAGUGCAGCAGCAGCAGAAAGUGCAGCUGAGGAAAGACGACCUGCCUAUUUGUGUCAAGGUCAACACACCCACUGAGUAAAUCCAGUGUCAUGAUGAUGUAGCUGAAUGUCUACAUCGCUGUCACAUCUGCGAUUUAACAAUACAGAGCAGAAAGAAUAUGCUCUCAUCUCGUCACACUGGUUUGACCUCAUCAUGUGACUUUUCUGUGCUUUCUUGUCAGACUACAGACACUACAAAAUAGUAUUGGGAUGCUACAAAAUUUGCGAAAGAAAGUAUCCAAAAGCCCUUUCCAUAAUCAAUACCAGUCUCUUGUUUCAUCCACCUCUGACUCCCGUGGAUCAUCUGUAAACCACUCUCGAAACAAACAGGAACCUGGCAGCAAAGGUCAUGUAAUGGAGGAUGUAGGGAGAGAAACUUCAAAAGAAGUAAACCUUGAUGCCAUUUUUGCCCCUCCACCUGAAUUUCAGAGUUCGCCUCGCGAUCUUCAGCCUGAAACGAAGACUGUGGAAAAUGGAGCUGAAUUUUCUGAACAUCCAAAGCACCUAUUCCAGACCCUUACUCCCAAUGGCGUGCAAGGCGGUUUCCAAACAUCAACAUUGGCCCAAAACGUAUCUGCCAAUGGCCGUUUUUAUGACGUAUCCCUGAACUCACCGGAUUUAUUUAAGCCAAUCCCCACUCAAACACAGAACCUCUCAAAAACCUUGCAUUUAAAAAGCUCUGGCCUGUUUAAAGAUGAAGGCGUCAAUCUUUUCCAGGCUGCUAAAGGAGAGAAGUUACUUCACACUGAAUGCACUACGGAGGUAAACCCCUUUGAUAAAUCUUCCAGUAUUUUUGUAGACCCAUUCAAAUCUCCAUCAAACAUGGAGGAUAAUCAGUCUCCACAGGCAGUGAUGACGAACCCAUCAUAUACUGCCACGACCAAAGAAGUAGAUUUGUUUCAAACAGUUCCAACUAAAAGUGGAGAACUCUUCAACAUCAGGGAAAACAAACAAGAUCCCUCUACCAAAGAGGACCUUUUUGGCAUGUCUUUUUGGAAGGAAAAUCUGGAUGUAUUUUCAUCUUCGUCUACAAAUACAGUCGACCCAUUCCCAAGCCCAAUCGCAAGGGAUUUAUUCCAAGACCUUUCCAGCUUGGAUGACCCGUUCGGUACUACUCCCUCAAGACAAUACGACCCUUUCCAAGAUGUUUUCCCUGGAACUCCAGACAUCUUCCCACCUUUUCCCUCGAACACUAAUGGCAAGGAUAUAUUUGGGAUAACCUACAGCAAUACAGCCUUUAAGGCCCCAUACUCUACACCUUUACUCAACAGCCCGUCAGAAAUGAAGUUGGACAUGCUUUCGUCACCAGAUCUCUCCAAGGCAACGCCAUCAGAAUCUCAUGCAGCCGUCCGACCAGAGUCUUCUGACGGGCCACAUGCUAUUUUCUUGACGAAUCCUCAGGGAACCGAGUCUGAUAUUUUUCAGCCGAGUCCCUUCAGUCGGGCCAGGAAUAUGUCCAUGUCAACCAGAACAUCUCCAGCUGACAUGACUCAUGUGUCGACCUUCAAACGUCCGCCAAAGCCACUUCCUCGAAGUAGACCACUAAGGCCAGAAAAGCUGCCCAUACCGGAAAAGCCACCAAAACCAGAAAGGCCACCUCCACCCACGCCUGCAAACUCUGUUGAACCUGAAGCAACUGUACCAAAAGUUGCUCCCAAACCAGCCUUCAGACCAGUCCCAGAACCAGUUAUUCAACACAAAACAACUCCGGAAAGUAAACCGAUUGAAUCUGAGAACUAUCUUGUCUUUGAGGACAUCUUGUAUGUUGGACAGGAAAAGUGUGUUGAAGACUGGCCUGAAGACAGCCCUCAACUUAACCCUGACUUCAAACCAUCUGGAACAUUAAGACUCCGACGAGAAUCAAUGAAAAUAAAGGCAGACUCUGAUGGAGGAAGUGGCGAGGAUCAGGAUGACUCUGAGAGUCACGGCAAGAAAAAGGACAAAAAGUUUAGAUUGUCCAUGCUUUCCAGAAGAGGUUCAAAUAAGUUUCCUGAUGACAUAACGAAUGAGAGGAGCAAGACACUGCCUACCUCUCGUAAAUCAUCAAAGGAGUAUUUUUCAGACCUACACAUGUCUGCACAAGAGAAUGAAGAUGAGGAGUGGAACGGGAUGGACUAUAAGAAGAAACCUUUGAAGACCAAAGUCAAACAGCUGCUAAGAAGAGCAUCCAUUGCUUCUUCCGUGCCAGAGGGAAAGCACAUGCACGGACAUUUACCUCGGGAAUCAAAGGACGAUGACAUUAAUGAGAAAAAAGUCGGUAAAAAAAACUCCAUCAUACGCCGAUGGUCAGAGGGGACAGUUUUGCAUGACAGCACUGGCGAGGAGGGGGGAUUGGAAGCCCAGCAUGAAGAGGUUGACAGCCAUGGAUUUAAGAAAAAAAAGAGGGUGAAAAUCAAGUUUGUGCCACACAGAGGAUACGCCAUCACUGUAGAAAAGGGAGCACACGGAUAUACACCUCGCAAAAGCUCAAAGGAGAAAUUACAAGAUGAAGUUUUGGGUGCACAUGGCUACACACCUCCACUCCUCCAGUCCCAGGAUGAUGCUUUUGUGGAUGUAGAGGAGAGAGGCCACAGUCUCCAUUCAUCUUGCAAGGCUGCUUUCAUGGACGAAGAGCACUUUCAGAAAACACACCGCAGGUCUGCUGAAUUGAGUGGAGAUGAUGAUCCAUAUGGAAUGGAAGACUGCCAUCCUCAGAAAAAAACAACAAAUAUGAAACCGCUGCACAUGGGUCGUCGAAGCUCUAAGGAGGACAUGCUAGAGGACACCGAUCAUCAGAAAAAGAAGAGCAGCUUCUCGGCAGACGAGUUAGACGAUGACUACUGGAUGGAGGACUGCAAACCGAAAACUUCCAAACAUAAAGGCCAUAUGCCCAUCCCACACACAUCUAAGACAGCCUAUGGACAGUGUGAAGCGAUUGGAUUCAACCACCAGAUUCCUCAGCAAUCAUCCAAUGAUCCCUUUGCUGAAGAUGACUUCACUCAAACAGGAAAAGGAAAAGAUUUCAUGUAUGACAGGGAAGAAGAUGAAGUGGAAACCUGCAAACCGAAGAAGCCAUCUAAAUUUAAAGUCUUCAAAAAACCCAAGGGCAAAGCCAUGUAUCAAGAGUAUGAAGAUCCACCCGGAGCUACGUCAAGUGACUACCUGUCAGAGGCGGCCAAGGCAGAGUGGCUGGCUGCUCAGAUGGAUGAACAGGCUAUAGCAGGUCUGGAGGAUGAGGGAGAGGAUGGGGACACUGACAGUUUGAUGGAGUGGUGGGGCUCUGUGGAGCAAUGGGAUGAGUUGCCAUCAGACGAUGAGGACACAGUCCUAAAGGACGAUGAGUCCAAGUCAUUCACCAUCUUAGCGGACAAGGUUCAUCGUGGCCUGCGUGUCUUCAACAAAAUCUUCACCGAGCGAGCGGAGGUCCUCUGGCAGUCCGUCGUCAUCCUCCACGCCAUCGCCGACGACAUCAACAAGUUCCAUCACAAGGCCAAGAUCGCCGGCCUCACUGGUGGCACCGCCACAGCCGUGGGUGGUGUGACAGCCAUCACCGGUUUGGCUCUGUCCCCCUUUACCUUCGGUAUCUCUCUCAUAGUUACCGCUGUUGGUGUGGGUGUGGCCGCAGCUGGAGGAAUCGCGUCAGCCUCUGCUGCCAUCUCGGAUAACGUUAACAACAUGCACGACCGGAAGAAGGUGGAGAUGCUGCUGGAGGACUUCGAGGUUCACCUGCAGACCAUUGGGAAGGUCCUCCACUUUGUCAAUCAGGGCUUGUACAAACUCCGCGGCCAUCCUUUACUCAGGACCGGCACCCAACACUAUUCUGAGGACUGGGAGAUCCGCAGGGCCGUCCAGAUGAUCAGCUUAGUUGACUCGCCCGUGAUGCGGGGGGUGGAGUUAACGGACACGGCAGUCGCCUCGCUCCAAGGACUCUUCACCGGAAUUGACAAGUACUUCAUCAAGGACACCCGAGAGCUGAAGAAAGGCUGCAAGAAAGAGGUAGUGGGUCAAAUAAAGGAGGUGGCAAAUGUGCUCAAUGAUGGGCUAGUGGAGCUCAAUGCUAUCAGAGAGGAGCUACAGGAUGCUACUGGAUACAUGUGAGCCCUGUCCUGCAUAAUGCUACUUUGAUUGUAGUUAUUCACCACCAACCCCCUCUCCUGGCUAAAUGAGGGAACUGAUGUUUUAAAGAAACGUAUUUUUUUUUUUUUUUUUUUAAAUCAGUUAGCUUAAGACAGCAGACUCAGGAAGUUAAAAGAAGUUUAGACAAUUGACAGGAUAUUCCAAUAAAUUGCUUUAGUGCUGCAAAAGAUUCAACCACUGUUAAGCUCAUAACGGUCAUUAUUUUGUUGUAGUUUUGGCAGAGAGGUGUUAAUUCAACUCUGGUAGCUCUUGAGGCUGUAGAUUACUCUUGUUGCAUUUAUAUUGUAUGAAAUGUUUUAACAUCUUAACUACUAUUACAGGAAAGCAGACCCACAUCUUUGAGCACUGUGUUCGGUGGGUAAAAAGGUUUAAAUAUAAGGUGUAUCAAAGUCUUUGUGGUUACAGAUGGCUUAAUUUUGCGUUUGAACUGAUUUUCAGUUUAAUUUGACCACCCACACUGUAUUUACAGGAGGACAAAUAAUAAACAGGAGGACCUAAGACUAGAAUAUGAGUUCAAUAACAAGUUUGACACGGUUUCAAAGUAAAUGGCUAUUGUAUUACACUGUAUUAUAUUGUCAGCAUUUCCUAUCAUAUUGUCCCAUUCCUUUGUCAGACAUCGGUAUAAUCAAACAAAUGUUAGUAGUUGAGAAUCUACAAUGACAGUCACACUUGCGUUGCCUCAUGGAGGUUGUAACAUUUGAAUGUGCUGUUAAAAUUGGCAUGUUAGUUUUUAUUCAUUAAAUUAAAGUUACUGUAUUUAGUUUAUGGACAGGACUUUGUUUAUGCACACAUCUUAUAAGGAUAUAUUGUUGACAUAUUCACAAUUAAAUCAGUGUUGUAUAUAGGGUAACUUAUUUUUAAUAUAUCAGCCUUGCUUUAAAAUGCCAAGAAGCACAUCUAAGUAAGCAAGAAUGUUUUGUAUUGUUGUUUUUAUGUUGGUGUGCAAGGGUUGGAUGUAAUAACAGGACAGUCACUGCCUGCACUGUUGAAGCUGUUGGUUACAAUAUCAGUUACAAAAGCUUUAAUACUUUGGACCACAGUUUUUGGUUGCAGCUCUAUUUGUAAAGUAUUUCUGCAUUUGAAGCCACGUGUAAAACUUAUUGCACAAAAAACUUUAUUUGCCAGAAUUGUUUAUAGAAAAAUGCUGUGCGCAUGUUUUAUCUUUAUGCAGAAUCCAUUUUAUUCCUCCUCAAUCCUCCACACAAAACUAGAGACACUCUUGGUCUUACCCAUACCCUGUACAUGAAUGAUUUAAACGUUUAUAAUAUUCUAUUUUCAAACUAGUCAUAUGUUAAUAUGUUGUGAAUACAGAAAGAUUGUUGUAUGUUUUAAUGUUCAACGUUUUAGUGACCACUUUUGGUCUUACUGGAUAACACUUCUGCCUUUACUGUCAGUGCAUCUUCCUGCAUUAUUUUAACCUGAACAGAAUGUAUCUGUAAAAUGUAUGUAUUCAGAUAUUAUAUUCAGAUAUUUUAGUGUAACAAUGAAUCUUUGAAUAAAGACUGUUUUCCAAAGUG